CACUAGGCUCCUCCUCCGCCGUCUCUGCGUCUCUCUGCGUCUCUCUGUGUCUCAACCCAACCGAAAGUUGAACUCUUUCUGCUCACACCUUCAAAAACCCAACGACAUAAACUACUUCUUCUUCUCUCUACCCUCCCCAUGGCCGCUGACGCUUCUGCUGCCCUUGCAGUGAGGGAUAAAGUUCAACAAUUUCUCAAUGCUGCUGUUACUGGGAAUCUUGAUCUCCUAAAGAAUUUGGCCCGGCAGCUUGAUGAAGGGAAGGAUUUGGCCAAAACUGUGGCUGAUAUUAAGGAUGCCAACAAGCGAGGGGCCCUUCAUUUUGCUGCGAGAGAAGGCAAAACUGAGGUGUGCAAGUACUUGCUGGAGGAACUGAAACUUGACGUUGAUACAAAGGAUGAAGACGGUGAAACUGCUCUUAUCCAUGCUGCUCGGCAAGGACAUACGGAAACUGCAAAAUACCUUCUUGAUUCUGGUGCCAAUCCUGGGAUAGCUAGUGAAUUGGGAGCCACAGCUCUUCAUCAUUCUGCUGGAUUAGGAGACAUUGAGUUGUUGAGGUAUUUGAUUUCCAAAGGUGCUGAUGUUAAUUCACAAAGUGACGCUGGAAGCCCUUUAAUUUGGGCUGCUGGUCAUGGUCAACAAGAUGCCGUGAAAGUUCUAUUAGAACACAAUGCUAAUCCAAAUGCUGAAAAUGAUGACAAUAUUACGCCUUUGCUGUCAUCUGUUGCUGCUGGUUCACUGCCAUGCUUAGAAUUAUUGAUUCAGGCUGGUGCCAAAGUAAAUAUUAGUGCUGGUGGAGCAACCCCUUUGCACAUUGCUGCCGAUAUUGGGAGCCCAGAGAUUUUGCAAUUAUUGUUAAAAGGUGGAGGUGAUCCCAAUAUCACUGAUGAGGAUGGCUUGAAGCCAAUACAGGUUGCAGCUGGAAGAGGGAACCGCAGUGCCGUUGAGAUUCUCUUUCCCUUGACAUCAAAAGUUGAAAGUAUCCCGAAAUGGACGGUUGACGGCAUACUUGAGUAUAUGCAGUCUGAAACAAGCAGACAACAGGAAGCAGUGGGAAAUUUCAAGGAACUUAAUGUGUCGAAAGACUCUGCUUCACCGAAGAAAGAUCUGCCUGAGGUGUCACCUGAAGCAAAGAAGAAAGCUGCAGAAGCAAAAUCAAGAGGAACUGAUGCUUUCAAAAGAAGGGAUUAUCAGAUGGCCAUUGAUGCGUAUACACAGGCUAUUGAUCUGGACCCAACCGAUGCGACUUUGUUUUCUAACCGAAGCCUUUGUUGGAUGUGUCUUGGUCAACCCGAGCAUGCAUUAGCUGACGGAAAGACCUCCCGGGAAUUAAAGCCAGAAUGGGGAAAGGCUUGGUACCGAGAAGGUGCAGCGUUGCGACUGUUGGAGAAGUUUGAUGAAGCUGCCAAUUCUUUCUAUGAGGGCGUGAGGCGGGAUCCCGAAAAUAAGGCACUUGUAGAUGCUUUCAGAGAAGCGGUUGAAGCUGGACGGAAAUUUCAUGGCGCUGAAGAACAGAAACCAUAGUUUGCCGGAUGCCUGUAUCCAAAGACGACCAGUCAGCAGGAGGCGGACCCGCUAUUAUGCCGGAUUGAGAUCGUUUCCCCUUCUUUCAUCAUAGUGGUGUGCUGUUCUAAUUAGAAACUGAGAUUGCUAUAGUAAUUCCGGUGGCUUUCCUUUCUUCAAUUUUGUUAGGGAUAAAUGUUUGUGAUUUUGUGGUAGUGUUUUCGAGUAAUUCGUACCCUCUUUAUUUGCCUA